AUGCCCUUUGCAAAUCACGCCAGAAUCACGGAGAGGUCGCAAGCAGUGGAUAUACUGUGGCCGCUGUUCAAAAGUCUUCAUGUGGUCGGUGCAGGCCCCUUCCGGCGUCAUGUUGACGGCACAUAUGAGGGGUCUAUGAGACAGAAGCCGUUGCAGAAGCUUGCCAAUUCUAUAGGCCGAUUCAUGUUAGUUCGAUUCAUGGCGGUCGGUGUUCUAAGAUUCUUCUUUGCUCGACAUCUUGUCGGUGCCGCAGCUUCAGAUGUCGUUCGAGCCGUUUGCAGUGUAACGGCGCUGAGUGUAUUGAAUGCAAAUUUGGAAAAACUCCACUCGGUAAUUCUCGUUAUCGAUGAAGCUCCAACCCGAGCCUACAGGAACGCGAGCUUAUGCAAAUUAGCAAAAUUUUGGCUGGCCUCCCUGUGGAUCUAUGUGGGGUACCGCUUCACGCUAGACGUCGUCACGUUCUUUGUGGACGAUCGCCUCACUCUCUACCUCGAAACGGAUUUGUUCAUCCCGUUCGGGGUGCUCCCCCCGUUUCUCAUACCUCCGAUGUACGUUGUCGCUAUCUCGGACAUCCUGAUAAAUCGGAUCUUCGUGACUGGAGCACUUGCCUUCUCCAUCACUCUCAACUUUCUCCUCAAUAUGCUGUUCGACUCGAAAGUUCAACAUUUCGACGAAGAACUGCGCCGUCUAAGUGAUGGAGACGAAUAUGUGCUUGACGGAAAUCAGGCUUUGGAGCUGCGGAUGAGGCAUGCGAAACUGUGCCAAUACGCACAGAUUUCCGACGAUAUUUUUUCCCUCCAAAACCUUGUUUGGCACGCCGUCUGCGUGGCUCUGGCCUGUGCAGAAUCCGCUGCCUCGGUUCAAAUGAUGAGGAGGAACUUCCAACUUCUGCGUUUCCUCGGCACUCUCGGGAACUUAGUAAUAAUGGUUGUCCUCAUGGUUGCUAACACGGGGAGCGCGGCUAUUGUCUGCGAAUGCAGAGACAGAUCUCGAGUAUUCGUCAACUGCCUCCAGUCCAGGACAGGCGCCGGCUCCCCCGUAUCCCAUCAGGUAAGUCAAAUGGAUCAGAGAGUGCAGCUUACGGCAUGGAAAAUGUAUAAACUCGACCGGGCUGCGAUAAUGACAACUCUAGGCGCUUGUGUCACGUAUGUCAGCCUCGUCAUUCAGAGAACGGAAGAUGCUCUAGAGAACUGA